CGAAACAUUUUAUUUGCAUGCAUGCAUUCAUUUGUAGAUGACUGUAUCUUAUCUAAGGGUGAAGUAAACAAAUCGUGGCAUGCACGAACCCAUCUUUGUCUCGGAUCAUUUGAGGUAGGAUGUGAAGAUGGCCUCAGCGGUGGAGAGGACGGAUGAUCUGGUGCGAGAGUAUCUGAUAUACCGCGGUUUCACCAGCACACUGAAGCACCUGGACUCAGAGAUCAAAGCAGACAAAGAGAAAGGCUUCAGAGUUGAUAAGAUCAUCGAUCAGCUCCAGCAGCUGAUUCAGAGUUUUGAUCUGACUGGUCUGAAGGAGUACUGGACGUAUCUGGACCGCAGGCUCUUCUCCAGACUGGAGGACGUCUACAGACCCACCGUCAACAAGCUGAGGACCAGCCUCUACCGCUUCUACAUCAUUCACACGGUUCAGAUGAAGAAUACAGAGAAGACGCAGGAGUUUUUCCUGAAGCAGGUGCUGGAGCUGCAGGCUCAGCCGGAGUGGCGUGAUUGGUUCGCUCUGCCCUUCAUCCCGGCGCCGGAGCAGAAUCCCUCCUUCUCUCCGUAUUUCUCCCGCCAGUGGGCCGACACCUUCCUGGUGUCUCUGCACAACUUCCUGAGCGUCCUCUUCCAGUGCAUGCCUCAGCCUGUGCUCUUGAGCUUCGACGGUGAAGUCCAGAGAAUCACGAGUGUUCAGGAGGAGAGCGAGCAGCUCAGAGACCAGUUAUUUGCUCUUCACGGAGAGACGCGCCUGAAGAAAGACGAGGAGAUGGUCCAUCACAAACUCCCGCCGUACGUCCAGCACAUGGACCGACUCGGGGACACUGAGCUAGAUCUCGUGUCCAGUCAGAGGAAUGUCAACAUGACCACGCCGUCCAGAAACUUCUUCUCCACCUUCCUCCCUCAGGGCCGAUGGGUCCCCGGGAAAACGGCCCCGGGGCCCCAAUCCUCACCCACACAGGCCUCGCUGGGCCGGAAGGAUCCCGCCGCCACAGCACAGUCUGCGAAGGCAAAAGAUCCACCUUCUGCAAAAGACUUGAAGAUGCCCACUGUUUCCACGGCGACGGUGGAUUUGGCGACAGGUCAUUCCCGACAGAGACGGCACCAUGACCACGAGAAAGAGAGAAAAGAGCUGCUCUCCAAACUCCCACCGCAGAGUUCAGAGAAGAAAAACGAUUCGGAUCCAGAAACUCAAACCGAAGCUCUUCCUGAUCAAACAGACUCCACCAAUCAGACGCGAGUCUGUGAUGUGGGCGGAGCUUCAGUGGAGCAGCCCUUCAUUAAACUGAGUCAGGAGGAGUAUAUAGAGCAUCACUCAUCCAUCAUGCACUGCAGGGUGGACUGCUCGGGCAGGAGAGUGGCCAGUCUGGAUGUGGACGGGGUGGUGAAGGUUUGGGCCUUCAAUCCCAUCAUGCAAACCAAAGCCACUAUCAUGUCCAAGUCCCCGCUGCUCUCUCUGGAAUGGGCAGCCAAACCCGACAGACUGCUGUUGCUCGGCAGUGGCGUCGGCACGGUAAAGCUUUACGACACGGAUGCUAAGAAGAGCCUGUAUGAGAUGACCAUAGACGACAUCCAUCCACGGAUCCUGUCGCUAGCCUGCAGUCCGAGCGGAACGUCGUUCGUCUGCUCUGCCGCGGCUCCGGCUGCUCAAUCUGGUGUUGUGAUGGAGGGCGAAGCACGAGUUUCGGCUCCUGUAUCCGGACAGCUGCUGCUGUGGGACACCAAGACCGUCAAACAGCAGCUACAGUUUGCGCUGGAGCCGGGUCCGGUUGCCAUAAACUGCACGGCGUUUAACCACAACGGAAACCUGCUGGUGACCGGAGCCGCAGACGGGAUGAUACGACUGUUCGACAUGCAGCGCUAUGAGAGCGCGUUGAGCUGGAAGGCUCAUGAUGGUGAAGUGUACAGCGUGGAGUUCAGCUACGAUGAGAAUACCGUCUUCAGCAUCGGCGAGGACGGGAAGUUUGUGCAGUGGAAUAUCCACCGCUGUGGCGUGAAACAGUCGGAGUACUCGCUAUCCCAGGAUGCCGUGGGGCCGUUUGUCCUGUCGGGUUACAGCGGCUAUAAACAGGUUCAGGUUCCACGCGGUCGACUCUUCGCUUUCGACUCUGAGGGCCAACAUGUUCUCACCUGCUCCAGCAAUGGAGGAAAUAUCUACCGGUUGAAUAAGGCGGACGCGGGUCUGGAAAGCGUCUUGUCUCUUGGCGGUCAUAAAGCGCCCGUCGUGACGGUUGAUUGGUGCUCAGCGAUGGACUGCGGCACCUGCCUCACCGCGUCUAUGGACGGCAAGAUCAAACUCAGCACGCUGCUCGCUCAGAAACCCUGAGCUCACAAAGCAAGUACAGCGGAUCUGAAACGUGCAUUUAGAGCCAGUGAGGAUGAUGAUGACUGAAGCAGAAUCUCUGCUAACGUUUAAAUCACGUGAUGUCUUAUGAACCAAUCAUCCCUGAUAGGUGACCAUUAGAAUAUCAAAACAAUGUUACUGAUUUAAAGACCACAAAUCUACAUUUUCACUGAAUGAUAUAACAGACCAUAUAGAUCCAGAGAGUGAUGACGUAUUAUAUUUUUCAUAAAGCAUUUAUGUUUCUUUGCGAGUUAGUGAUGUCUGAGAAUAUGUGGAGAAAUGUUACUUGAGAAAAGAACAAAUGAACAAUUGUUCAGUCAGGUCAGUGAGGAAGGGCAUUAGCUUCACAUUAAUGUUUCUGUCCUUCUAAGAUGGUGUUUAUUUCUUACUUAUGGAACCAUAAAAUGCAACUUAACCAAGUAAUAAAGCAUUUGAAUGAUGUUUAAACAAAUUAUAAUUUUUUUUUGCAUCCUGUUGUGCAUUAAAAAACAUGAUCAAACAAAAUCCUGUGCUUCAUUUAAAGUGUGCUUUUGUGAUUUAAUUACAAAUACAACGACAAACAAAUGAAUUUGAAAUAUAUUCACAGCAAUAGAAUUACAAGUCUCUUAAAAUGGUUUUAA